CCUUGGUGCACCCGAAACCCCGCCUUCUUCAUCCGGGUGCUGCGGCGCGAAUAAGAGCCGGACCGCGCUUGCGCAUUGAGUCCCACUCCUUCGACCUCUGCCGCAGCCCGUGCCGCCGCCGCCGCCUCCCGGGAAGAGAGGAAGCGGGAGAGGAGCCCACGUCGCCUGUCACCCAAUAUCUCCAGCCGCGCAGUCCCGAAGAGUGUAAGAUGUUCGCCUGCGCCAAGCUCGCCUGCACCCCCUCUCUGAUCCGAGCUGGAUCCAGAGUUGCAUACAGACCAAUUUCUGCAUCAGUGUUAUCUCGACCAGAGGCUAGUAGGACUGGAGAGGGCUCUACGGUAUUUAAUGGGGCCCAGAAUGGUGUGUCUCAGCUAAUCCAAAGGGAGUUUCAGACCAGUGCAAUCAGCAGAGACAUUGAUACUGCUGCCAAAUUUAUUGGUGCAGGUGCUGCAACAGUAGGAGUGGCUGGUUCUGGUGCUGGUAUUGGAACAGUCUUUGGCAGCCUUAUCAUUGGUUAUGCCAGAAACCCUUCGCUGAAGCAGCAGCUGUUCUCAUAUGCUAUCCUGGGAUUUGCCUUGUCUGAAGCUAUGGGUCUCUUUUGUUUGAUGGUUGCUUUCUUGAUUUUGUUUGCCAUGUAACAAAUUACUGCUUGACAUGUUGGCAUUCAUAUUAAUUACGGAUGUAAUUCUGUGUAUCUUACUGUGACUCCGAAAACUGUAGUAUUGGUGUCAUGGGAAUGUACGUUAUUUCCAAAGUCAUUUCAUUAAAGAUGAAAACUUUAA